UGCGCGCCGCCACAGAUCGGACCGCGAGGUGGGCCGCGCAUGGGGCUUCCACGGGCCACGGCCACCAAGCGCGGGGCGACGACCCCAGACCCUCAACGUCUUCGUAGGGCGGGGGCAGCGUGCGCUCGUGCCCGGGGUAUGGGAUCGAGGCCCGGCGGCAGGGUCGCCGCCGCGGCCGCCGCCGACGAGUUCGUGACGGGCAGGCUCACGUUCCAGGGCGCAGACGUGCCCCGGGGCCUGAAGAGCGACGGGAGCGUGGGCAUGCAGGAUGGCAAAUAUUUCGGCACGGACAUGGUGAAGAAGGACGUGCCCGUCUUGAUCGGUCGCGGGCACGAGUGGAGCAUGGACGACCACGGCUUCACCCUUGUCGACGACCCGAUGGCUGACAUUGACUUGUAUAACGAGAGAACAAUCUUGAAGGAAUACUAUCCCGCUUGCUGUGAGCUGGUUAAGAAGGCUUCGGGCGCAAGCCGCGUGUACGCCUUCGACCACUACAUGCGGGCGCAGGAGCCGACCGCGAAGCACAAGAGGGCCGGGCGCGGCAUCAACGUCUGCCCUCCGUUCUUUUCCGUGCACAGCGACUACUCCGCGGCGUCCGCCACGCGCCAGGUUCGCACGCUGUCCAGGCCGCCGCACAUGUGGGACACGCCGAAGCCGCUCCUGGGCUUCGAGUCGUUCAUAACCCCCGAGGAGGCAGACAGCUUCCUGGCUGGGCGCUUCAUGAUCGUGAACGUGUGGAGGAACAUCAAGCCAGAGCCCGUCCAAAGGCAGCCCUUUGCGGUGUGCAAGGGGUGCACAAUGCCCCUGGACGAUAUCAUUACGUUCAGGGCCACGGAUGGACGCAAGGUGAACGAGUAUUAUUUCGCGGGCCAUUCUGAUAGCCAGGAGUGGGUUUAUUUCCCCGAUCUGAGGAGGGAGGAGGCCCUCCUUUUCAAGACAUGGGACUCAGCCGGAGAGGCUUUUGCCUCUCCUGGUCGCGACGCGACUGUGCCCACCACCUGCACCUUCCACACAGCCUUCGAGAUUCUACAGAUAUCCCAGCUGGCGCAGAGAUGCGUGAGAGCAUCGACGUGAGGACGAUUGCGUUCUUCUAACCGCGCCGCCAGCCACCAUGGAUCACGAGGGCUGCUCAAGGCACACCAGGGCAAUACCGACUGGGAGCUGGCUGUCGUCCUGUGGACUGGCACUGCAGCGCCUCUGGGAUACAUGUUCGGCUCCCUACUCGCCAAGCCUGGCAAAAGCUGACGCGACGGCUGAGCUCGUGAUGCCCGGUCACAGACAGACUUGUGCCAAGAACAUCGUGACAUGUGCGCGGCG